AUGCCGGCAGACAUGACCAUGUUGGCGGAUCACACAGCACGACAGUUGCUGGAUUUCAGUCAAAAGCUAGACAUCAACCUGUUGGACAAUGUUGUCAACUCCAUGUACUAUGAUGUGGGAUCUCAGCAAAGACUGGCACAAGAAGUUCUCACCAGUCUGAAGGACCACCCAGAUGCCUGGACCCGAGUGGACACCAUACUGGAGUUCUCGCAGAACAUGAAGACAAAAUACUACGCUCUUCAGAUACUGGAGACCGUGAUCAAAACACGCUGGAAGAUUCUUCCACGGAACCAGUGUGAAGGAAUUAAAAAGUAUGUUGUUGGGCUGAUCAUCAAGACUUCCUCUGAUUCUAACAGCGUAGAGAAGGAAGGGGUUUACAUAGCAAAGCUCAACAUGAUCCUGGUGCAGAUUCUGAAGCAGGAGUGGCCGAAGCACUGGCCCACAUUCAUCAGUGAUAUUGUGGGAGCGAGUCGCACCAGCGAGAGCUUGUGUCAGAACAACAUGAUCAUCCUGAAGCUCCUCAGUGAGGAAGUGUUUGACUUCUCCAGCGGGCAGAUGACUCAGGUCAAAGCCAAGCAUCUGAAGGACAGUAUGUGCAAUGAAUUUUCCCAAAUAUUCCAGCUGUGCCAGUUUGUCAUGGAAAAUUCCCAGAAUGCCCCUCUAGUCCACGCCACAUUGGAGACCCUCCUUCGUUUCCUUAACUGGAUUCCACUGGGCUACAUAUUUGAGACCAAACUCAUCAGCACACUUGUGUACAAGUUCCUGAAUGUUCCCAUGUUCCGGAAUGUCACUCUGAAGUGUCUGACAGAGAUCGCAGGUGUCAGUGUCAGUCAGUAUGAGGAGCAGUUUGUCAACCUUUUCUCGCUCACCAUGAUACAGCUUAAACAGAUGCUGCCUCUGAACACAAAUAUCCGUCUGGCAUAUGCAAACGGGAGAGACGACGAGCAGAACUUCAUCCAGAACCUCAGUCUGUUUCUCUGCACCUUCCUCAAAGAGCACGGACAACUGAUAGAGAAGAGACUGAACCUCAGAGAGACGCUCAUGGAGGCUCUGCAUUACAUGCUGCUGGUGUCUGAGGUGGAGGAGACGGAGAUCUUUAAGAUCUGUCUGGAGUACUGGAACCAUCUGGCCGCUGAGCUCUACAGAGAGAGUCCCUUCUCUACCUCCACCUCCCCACUGCUCUCAACCAGCCAACACUUUGACGUGCCGCCCCGCAGACACCUCUACCUGCCUGUGCUCUCCAAGGUGCGUCUGCUGAUGGUGAGUCGCAUGGCCAAACCGGAGGAGGUUCUGGUGGUGGAGAACGAUCAGGGCGAGGUGGUUAGAGAGUUCAUGAAGGACACCGACUCCAUCAACCUCUACAAAAACAUGAGAGAGACUCUGGUCUACUUGACACAUCUGGACUAUGCCGAUACUGAGCGGAUCAUGACGGAGAAGCUUCAUAAUCAGGUGAACGGUACCGAGUGGUCCUGGAGGAACCUGAACACGCUGUGCUGGGCCAUCGGCUCCAUCAGUGGCGCCAUGCAUGAAGAGGAUGAGAAGAGGUUCCUCGUCACUGUCAUUAAGGAUCUGCUGGGUCUGUGUGAACAGAAAAGAGGGAAAGACAACAAGGCCAUCAUCGCCUCCAACAUCAUGUACAUCGUCGGUCAGUACCCACGAUUCCUCAGGGCCCACUGGAAGUUCCUCAAGACUGUCGUCAACAAACUCUUUGAGUUCAUGCAUGAGACCCAUGACGGCGUGCAGGACAUGGCUUGUGACACCUUCAUCAAGAUCGCUCAGAAGUGCAGGAGGCAUUUCGUGCAGGUUCAGGUGGGGGAGGUGAUGCCCUUCAUCGACGAGAUCCUCAACAACAUCAACACCAUCAUCUGUGACCUGCAGCCGCAGCAGGUGCACACGUUCUACGAGGCUGUGGGCUACAUGAUCGGAGCACAGACAGACCAGACGGUCCAGGAGCGACUGAUCGAGAAAUACAUGCUCCUCCCCAACCAGGUGUGGGACAGCAUCAUCCAGCAGGCCACCAAGAACGUGGACAUCCUGAAGGACCCAGAGACGGUGCGUCAGCUAGGCAGCAUCCUGAAGACCAACGUGAGGGCUUGUAAAGCAGUAGGUCACCCUUUUGUCCUGCAGCUGGGACGCAUUUACCUGGACAUGCUCAACGUCUACAAGUGCCUGAGUGAGAACAUCUCUUCUGCAAUCCAGAGCAACGGUGAGAUGGUGACCAAGCAGCCUCUGAUACGGAGCAUGCGGACGGUGAAGAGAGAGACACUAAAGCUCAUCUCUGGAUGGGUCAGCCGCUCCAACGACCCGCAGAUGGUUGGAGAGAACUUUGUCCCACCUUUGCUGGAGGCGGUUCUCAUCGACUACCAAAGGAACGUUCCAGCAGCUCGAGAACCAGAGGUGCUCAGCACUAUGGCAACCAUCAUCAACAAGCUCGCCGCACAUAUAACCGGAGAGAUCCCCAAGAUAUUCGAUGCGGUGUUCGAGUGCACCCUUGACAUGAUCAACAAGAACUUUGAGGAGUUCCCCGAGCACAGGACGCAUUUCUUCUACCUGCUGCAAGCCGUCAACUCCCAAUGUUUCCCAGCAUUCCUGUCCAUCCCACCAGCACAGUUCAAACUGGUUCUGGACUCCAUCAUCUGGGCCUUCAAGCACACCAUGAGAAAUGUGGCCGACACCGGGCUUCAGAUCCUGUUCACCAUGCUGCAGAACAUCGCACAAGAAGAGACGGCAGCUCAGAGCUUCUAUCAGACAUACUUCUGUGACAUCCUGCAGCACAUCUUCUCUGUUGUCACAGAUACGUCUCAUACUGCUGGUCUGACGAUGCACGCCUCCAUCCUCGCCUACAUGUUUAACCUGGUGGAGGAGGGUAAAAUCAAAGUGACUUUGAACGCAGGCAGCACGGCCAGCAAUCAGUGCUACGUGCAGGAGUACGUGGCCAAUCUGCUGAAGACCGCCUUCCCACAUCUGCAGGAUGCCCAGGUGAAGGUUUUUGUCACGGGUCUGUUCAGCUUGAAUCAUGACAUUCCUGCCUUUAAAGAGCACCUCAGGGACUUCCUGGUCCAGAUCAAGGAGUUUGCAGGUGAAGACUCCACAGAUCUGUUCCUGGAGGAGAGGGAAGCGUCUCUGCGUCAGGCUCAGGAGGAGAAACACAAGCUCCAGAUGUCUGUCCCAGGAAUCCUCAAUCCUCACGAGCUCCCGGAGGAAAUGUGUGAAUGAGCACCUGGACAGUUUCACAUUCAUGAAGGAAGCGUUUGGAGCACUUUAAUGUUUGUGUGCGUGUGUAUAGACAAGUGAAAAUUAAUCCAGAUCCAUGCCAAUUUGUAAAUUAAAAGAUAUGUAAUUAUUAACCUGACUCCUCCCAAACCUUUGGUUUUAUAUAACUGAAACGAUCUCUCUCAUAUAUCAAUUUACUGUAUAUCCUUCAGUGUUUCUGUUCGGUAUGUUUGCUUUCCUGUUUCAAAGCACAUUACUACUCAUUUUAAUGUUAUCUCAGCCUCAUCUAUUUGUGAAUAUGUAAUAUACAGUAUGGCAGGCCAAUGAAGACGGACAGUUACUGCGCUAGAAGAGGGAUUUGUGUUGAGCUGUGUGGCUCGUGAACCACAGCAAGUGAAUGUGACUGUUUAGGAUCAGUCCUGAUGCUGUUCCUGUCUUCUUUAUUGGGAGUUUGUGUGUGUGUUUAUAUAUAUAUUAUUUUGGUCAAUUGCAGUAAAUGUGGAAGACUGAAGUCUUUUUCAUGCUACAGACCCACUGAGUGUUUUUUUUUUUUUUUUUUUUGGCAUAGGGAUGUCAUUAAAAUGAAAGGGUUUGUUCAUAUCCUAUUUGUAAAGCUGUGUAUUAGUACCAUGGAGACAUAAAGUUGGGUAUUUUUACAAA